CCCCUGCAGCAGCAGCAGCUACUCUCUCCUCGCAUCAUCAUCCAGCAGCGACGCGCACCGGAGAUUUAUUCCAUAGUUAAAUAAUAGCCCAAGGUCUUUGGAGAGAGAGAGGGAGAGAGAGAGCGUGAACUGAGGAACGAUAGACGGCUGUUGGAGACUGUUGGUCCGGGCCUGAGAGCUGGCCGAGGCGAUACUGGACCUGGAUGUCGCCUCAAUGGAUUAGCGAUCGUGAAUUGUGAGAGGAGCAUAACACCCCUUGAUGGCGAGAAGCCAUGAGAGAAGGCAACACACAGACCAACGACGACGACAGAGAAAGAUGAGAAGUGCUCCCAUAUGUGCCAAUAAACAAACAAUUUUAAACUAAAACAAAUUUCACGCUUGAGGGAGCGAUAAAAGUCUGAUACAACCGAAUGAAACACAAACAUAAAUCGCAACAGAAACAACAUUUUUUUAAAACAUAAGGCAACCAUUAAUCAACAUAUCGACAAACAGAGCUACUAGAAUCAGGAUUUAAACAACAUGUUCUGUGAGGAAUAAAAAAGAAAGCAAAACCAGACCACCACCACAUCAUCAGAAAUACAAACCAAUCAACGGCUAACGAACCGAAAGCCCCUUAUCGAUAGUUAACAGAAAAGAAAAGAAAAAACAAACAAACAAACAGCAAACAUGACCUUCUCGAGCUUCACACGAAAAAUGCGCGGACGGAUGCGCUCCAAUACCUGCCGGAUUGUACUGCUCACCUCUUUGGUGUGGGUGAUCUUUGAUUUUGUGCUAAUCACCCGCUAUUCGGACUGCAUUGGCAAGGACGGAUGGCGUUGCAAGCGUUCCGGGGAGUUCGAUGUAGAGCUACCCAAUGCCGAGCCACUGGUGGACGAUAAUCAACUGGUGGACGACAACGAAAUCAAUACGGAAAAAUCCUUGGAUGGUGACUCGGGCAGCGCCCUGAUUAUGGGUCAGGGCUUUGCACCCGGUGGCAUAUCCAUGACAUAUCCCAGCGUGUCACUGAAGAAAUGGUUCCUAGCGCCCACCGUUGAGGAGGCCAAGGGCAAGCCCGGCGAGAUGGGUAAACCCGUGAAGAUACCCGCGGAUAUGAAGGAUCUCAUGAAGGAGAAGUUCAAGGAGAAUCAAUUCAAUCUGUUGGCCAGUGACAUGAUCUCCUUGAAUCGUUCCCUAACCGAUGUCCGGCACGAGGGCUGUCGUCGAAAGCACUAUGCCUCCAAGCUGCCCACCACGUCAAUUGUGAUAGUAUUCCAUAACGAAGCCUGGACGACGCUUUUACGAACAGUCUGGAGUGUCAUCAAUCGUUCGCCGCGGGCCCUGCUCAAGGAAAUCAUUCUGGUGGAUGAUGCCAGUGAAAGGGAUUUCCUGGGCAAACAGCUGGAGGACUAUGUGGCCAAGCUGCCGGUACGAACCUUUGUGCUGCGCACAGAGAAACGUUCGGGUCUGAUACGUGCUCGACUCCUGGGCGCGGAGCAUGUGAGCGGUGACGUAAUCACCUUCCUGGAUGCCCAUUGUGAGUGCACGGAGGGCUGGCUGGAGCCGCUGCUGGCUCGCAUCGUACAGAAUCGUCGAACGGUUGUGUGCCCCAUCAUUGAUGUCAUCUCGGACGAGACAUUCGAGUAUAUCACAGCCUCGGACUCGACGUGGGGAGGCUUCAACUGGAAGCUGAACUUUAGAUGGUAUCGAGUGCCCUCCCGUGAGAUGUCGCGUCGGAAUAACGACAGAACUGCUCCGUUGCGUACCCCCACGAUGGCCGGUGGUCUGUUCUCCAUCGACAAGGACUACUUCUACGAGAUUGGCUCCUACGACGAGGGCAUGGACAUUUGGGGUGGCGAGAAUCUGGAAAUGUCGUUCCGUGUUUGGAUGUGUGGCGGUGUCCUCGAGAUAGCGCCCUGCUCUCGUGUGGGUCAUGUCUUUCGCAAGUCAACGCCGUAUACCUUCCCAGGCGGCACCACGGAGAUUGUGAAUCACAAUAAUGCGCGUCUGGUUGAGGUUUGGCUGGACGACUGGAAAGAGUUCUACUACAGUUUUUAUCCAGGUGCUCGCAAAGCUUCGGCGGGAGAUGUUAGCGAUCGCAAGGAUCUGCGUGAUCGUCUCAAGUGCAAAAGUUUCCGCUGGUAUUUGGAGAAUGUUUAUCCAGAGAGUUUAAUGCCCUUGGAUUAUUACUAUCUGGGCGAGAUACGCAAUGCGGAAACGGAAACCUGCCUGGAUACCAUGGGCAGGAAGUAUAAUGAAAAGGUUGGCAUUAGCUAUUGCCAUGGCUUGGGUGGCAAUCAGGUGUUUGCCUACACCAAGCGACAGCAGAUCAUGUCCGAUGAUCUGUGCCUCGAUGCGGCCAGCUCCAAUGGCCCGGUCAAUAUGGUGCGUUGCCACAAUAUGGGUGGCAAUCAGGAGUGGGUCUACGAUGCGGAGGAGAAGUGGAUACGUCACACGAAUACGGGCCAGUGCUUACAGCGCGCCACCAGAGAUGAUGCCAAUACGCCGCUGUUGCGGCCCUGCAGCUAUGGCAAGGGCCAGCAGUGGCUGAUGGAGUCCAAGUUCAAGUGGCAGGCACACUAGUAACCCUCGCAACAUCCAACUAACUAACAACAACAACAAAACUAAACUAAACGGAUCCUACUAACUAUACUGAGAACUUCCAAUUUGUGUUGAUUUUUGCUGGCUUUUGUUUAUUGACAUUUAUUUAGCUUUAAGUUUACUUCUGAUCUAAGUUUUCUCUCUCUCUCUCUAUCUCUAUGUGUGAGUGAAUGUGUUUGUCCUUUGUGGCAGGAUGUCUUCCCGAGUGUAUGCGUGAGAGUCAGUACUACAAUUUAGAUAUAUGUAUGCAUCUGUGUGUAGGCAGGCAGUUCUACGAUUUAUAUAGAUCUAUAUAUAUAUAUACAUAUAUGUAUAUGUAUAUGGUAAUUGUAAAUUUACAUUAGCUUCGACCAAGUACCAAUAAAUUGGCAUUUAAAUGACAUUUUGUGCUUCACAGAAUAUGAUUUAAAGCGAAUGCAAGGCCAAGAGCAAUUGCCACAAGUGUGUCAUAGCAGAAACAUAUAAUCAAUAUUUAAUUAAUAAUACGAUGAAACAACAGCACUCCCCAGCCCUCCCCCAACAUUCCUAGAUAGAAUUUAUAUGAGAGGGACACAUCUGUUUUCAUGCCCUGUGUCCCCAGCCCCUGUCCCUAUUCUACUUUUAGGCAAUAUACAUAUUAUAUAUAAAAGGAAAAAUCUGUUGCUUUGUACCAAAACGAUGGGCUCUUCAUAUCAUACAAGAAAAAUGCUUCUUAACCCCCCAUAAUCAUUAUACAAGAAAUGGCAAAACAAAACUAAAAAGAAAAUCUCUUAAAAAUUGCACGCAUAUCAUAAAUACAGUGUAAAAAAUCAAAUAUUUAUAAAUGACAAAUGAUGAGAAAUAAACCACAAGAAAAGUAAAUAAGAAGAUUUGUACAUAAAAUUAAAGUAGCUAUUAAAAAUAUACAUUUAAAUAAAAUAUUUAUAUAGUAUGUAUAUGCGUAUAUGCGAAGCAAGCAAAAACUGUACUAUAAAUUGCAUUUAGUUCUAAGUUCGACUCUAGGUUCUAAAUUAAAAUUAGAUUUAGUCCAAAGUUUUGGCCACACCCAUCAGCAAUAGCUCUCAACUAAACAAGAAAACAUGAAAUUGCUCAAUGAAUGAAAUCUGUCAGCUAUUGUGUAAAUAUUUAAAAAAAAGUAUUCCAAUGAAAAAGAUGUUUGUAUACGGAAAUUCCACAGAACAGAACCCUUGGGACGAGACACAGACACAGGCCAAGUAAAACUUUUUAGCUAAAUUUAUUUUUAAACAAAAUCAACAGAGACCAUAGCUAUAGGAAACGAUAUAUACAUAUGAUGAAUGAAAAUAGUAACUAUUUUUAACUGGUGACGGUGCAAUUUUAAUUUUUAACAUUUAACAUAGCAAACAGGAAAACAAAUCCAAUUAUGAAACACAAGACACAGGCAGGUCGAAAACACCCCUCCUUCCACCAAGAACCUAUUAGUAUCCAUAUAUCUAUAACCAUCAUAUAUGGCAUAUUAU